AUACAUCAUGAUGGGGCCCACAGAACACCGUCCAGUAACACAUCCAUCACGGUGGGCCCUACUGAGCUUAGGGUUGCAGGAAUCCCCUUCAGCGACUGACUGCAGGACAUCCGCGUCCGGCCGUCUGUGAGUCACCAGUCUCUCUCUCUCUCUCUCAUUGAUUUGAACUGGGAAGGAGCACCGUUGCAGCUAUUCACACCAAAAAGCAGCAGCAGAAGAAGAGAUGGGGAAGAAGACGAAGAAGCCAGGAAAGGGUAAGGAGAAGACGGAGAGAAAGACAGCAAAAGCAGAAGAGAAAAGAGCCCGCAGAGACUCCAAAAAGAUCUCUCAAGAAGACGACAUCGACGCCAUCUUAUUGAGUAUACAAAAGGAAGAAGCCAAGAAGAAGGAAGUCCAUAUCGAGGAGAAUGUCCCAGCGCCGUCCGCUCGUUCCAACUGUUCUCUGAACAUUAAUCCUUUGAAAGAGACGGAGCUGAUUCUGUAUGGGGGUGAAUUCUACAAUGGUAGCAAGACAUUUGUAUAUGGUGACCUUUAUCGGUACGAUGUAGAAAAGCAUGAAUGGAAGUUGAUUUCAAGCCCUAAUAGCCCACCGCCUCGGAGUGCGCAUCAAGCAGUUGCUUGGAAGAAUCAUCUCUACAUUUUCGGUGGUGAGUUUACUUCCCCAAAUCAAGAGCGUUUUCAUCACUACAAGGACUUUUGGAUGCUGGAUUUGAAGUCAAAUCAAUGGGAACAACUACUUUUGAAGGGUUGUCCAAGUGCACGCUCAGGCCAUCGCAUGGUACUGUACAAGCACAAGAUCAUUGUUUUUGGGGGCUUUUAUGACACUCUUAGAGAAGUAAGGUAUUAUAAUGAUUUGCAUGUAUUUGAUCUGGAUCAGUAUAAGUGGCUAGAAAUGAAAGGCAAGCCUGGAUGUAUGUGGCCAAGUGCUAGGAGUGGUUUUCAGUUUUUCGUUUUUCAAGAUGAGAUAUUUCUAUAUGGUGGAUAUUCGAAAGAAGUUGCAUCUGAUAAAAUUACCUCUGAGAAAGGAAUUGUUCAUUCGGAUAUGUGGUCUCUUGAUCCAAGGACUUGGGAAUGGAACAAGGUAAAGAAAAGUGGGAUGCCUCCUGGACCUCGUGCUGGAUUUUCCAUGUGUGUUCAUAAGAAGCGUGCUUUGCUAUUUGGUGGUGUGGUGGAUAUGGAAGUCAAAGGUGAUGUGCUAAUGAGUUUGUUCUUGAACGAGCUUUAUGGCUUCCAGUUAGACUGCCAUCGAUGGUAUCCUUUGGAGCUGCGGAAGGAUAAAUCAACCAAAGAUAAGUCAAGAGGGAGUAAGAGGUCAGGCCAACAAUAUAAUGACUGCCCUCUUGAUGACAAUAAUGGUCAAAAUGAUCCCGAGAAGGCCGAUGCAAUUGGACGAGAUGAGAACUAUGAAGCAGCACCUGAUAAAGAAUAUGGUGUUCAAGAUGUUUCUCACAAUAUGACGAGGAAUCUUACUUUUGAUGAUGGUGGGUGUGCCAAUGUAUCCGAUGAGAAGCGUCAAGAACAGAACACUAGUUCUGAUAUGCAAACAUGCAAUUUAUCUGAGACAGUGAAGCCUUGUGGAAGAAUCAAUGCUUGCAUGGUUGUGGCAAGAGAUACCUUGUACAUCUAUGGAGGCAUGAUGGAAGUUAAAGAUCGUGAAGUUACCCUUGAUGAUCUGUACAUGCUUAAUCUCAGCAAACUUGAUGAAUGGAAGUGCCUUAUACCGGCGUCUGAAUCUGAAUGGUUAGAGGUUUCGGAGGAUGAAGAUGAGGAUGAGGAUGAGGAUGAUUCUGAAGGGGAACAGAGCAAUAGUGGAAGUGACAGCGAUGAAUCAGAUGAGGAAGAUGGUUUGGAGUGUGGCAAGCAGAGGCUCCCCUAGAGUUGCAGCCAUCAAGGGUAGGCUGAUGAGAGAUGAGAAACUGCUCGGUACUUCUAAAGGAUUCUUCAUGCCUAACAUGUGCACUAUGUGUGAGGCUGAUGAGGAAUCUGCUCGUCAAAUCUUCCUUCACUGUUUGGUGUGAUCUGCUUUGUGGAACCAUUUUCUUUGCCUCUUUGACAUAGAACGGAUCUUGAGGGAGAGGCUUCUCAAGUUGGUUUUCAAUUGGGGCAGGGGUUCCUUCACGAUGAGGUGAUGUGGAGAUUACUCCCUUUAGCCGUGUGCUGGAGAUAUGGAAAGAACGAAAGAGCCGCAGCUUCAAGUACGAGCAGAUCUCGUUGAUCCGUCUAUUCAACAAAAUCAAAGCCAGUAGCAUUUAGUGGGCCUUCAAUUCCCAAUAUGUUAUGGUUGUUCAAUUUCAGAUUUGUGCUCAUAGUGGAGUAAAGAGGUGCAGACUGAGUGCCAUUAGCUGGCUGCAUUUCUAUUGUCACCUUUAAGUUCUGUCCUGCACUUUGUUGUUUGUGGCCCAUGUGUCUUUUGGGUAAAUAUUCUUUUAAUCUUGUGAGAUGCGAGGUCAUGUUUCUAUAGUUUUUUUUUUUUCUUUUUAGCUUGCUGUACCGGGAGUUUUUCCAUCUUCUGCUCCUUUAAAUAAAUUUUUGUUGCUUGCUCAAGAAAGAAAAAGAAUGAAAGAAAAGGAGGUCGUGAUUGCAUGCAAGCGAAGGGGGCUGUCCAUAUGCGCAGCCCCAGAUCUUUCUUUCUUUUGGGGGAUGAAAUUUUUGGUGCAUGUGUGUGUGGAAAGAGAGGUCAAAUGGCAUAAGCGAUUGCAUGCGAGCGAAGGGGGCUGUCCACAUAUGCGUUGCACAGACCCCAACUCUUUCUUUCUUUAGGGGGAAGAGUGAUGUUUUCAACAUGCUACUCUUUCUAACUAUAUCAAACAAUUUCCAUUAAUAAAACAUGUAAAUCUAUUGGAAAAUACAAAAGACGCAUGUUCGAUGAAAUGGUUGUUGCUAUCUGCUGGACAUUUCCACUCACUAUUCGUACUCGCAUACAUAAGAGACAUCUAGUGUGGAGGUUUUAACUUCGCCUAUUGGGUGUAAGAGUACUAGCAAUGUUUUUGUAAGUUGGUUCUAGGUACAGAGAAAAGAAACAGGUAAUUCUAAAACAUCAUAGCUAUUUUCUGAUUAUCCAUAUGAACUUUAUCAUUGAAUCCUUAACCCCUUUCAAGUUUCAAGUCCUAUAUCUAGCUACCUAACAGUAAUUUUGUGCCUCUGCAAUACAUUCUCUUAAUUUUGUAUUGUUGUGAAAUGCUUUCCCAGCAUUGUUUUCUGCAUGCAUAGAAGUACCCAAAAUUUUUAGACAACUUGAUGAUAGUCUUCAGCAUUUUAUCAGUCAUCUUGCAUGAAUUGAAUGGAUCUAAGAGUAACUAUUUAGCUAAUUUGACCUUUCAGAAACAUGAGUUUUGGUUUCUUACUCAUUAGUCGUUAUUUCUUGGCUCUAUGACUUUAUUUCUGGCUUCUAUUCAUUUAUUAAUAAUAUUGGCCUAAUCUUCUGUUAUGAUAGGUUUCUGGUAUUUGCAAGCACGUUUCAAAAAUGGGAAUGUGUUGAUGAUAUUCCAUUGGAAAAAAUUCUGUUUUACUCCCAUAA